GGGAGAGGACGCAAAGCAACGAACACAUUUACGUAGACGCCCAGAAUUCGCAGCGAUGUCGAGUGCCUCAAGAUACUUCAAGACGGCCCCGUCGGACAGCCGGUUUCCCACGGUGAACCAGGCCAACCACUGCUGGAACCUGUACAACGAAUGGGUGCUCUGCACCAAGAAGGCGGAAGAGGCGGGAGAUGACGCCAAGAAGUGCUACCGCAAGAGGCACAACGCGCUCGCCCUCUGCCCAGACGAGUGGACGGAGAAGUGGGACGAGGACCGGGACGAGGGAACGUACGCCGGCAUCAAAUAGGCUUGACGCACCGCACCGAUGUAAUGUAGCCUGACGAGCGGUUGGGUUGGUUGGGUGUUGGUGGUCUGUCAGCGAGAACGGAUGGACAUCGUGGACAACGUCACCGAAGGAAAAGGAAAGGCCAAUGCCUUGGAGGGGGGGCGCGUGCGCUCUCUUUUCGUCUUUGCUUUUGUUCACGGGGAGGAUGAUGGGGCGUGUGGUUGUUUUUUCACACAACUGCUGGUAUGUUAUUUAGUCUGGCUGGUCGAAGUAUGCAGGAUGGCCGUUUGAGAGAGGAGGCUCGACAGCGGGGGGGUCGGCAGGGUGGGUGGCGAUUAUGUGCUUGAUUACCUCCUGCUUGUUUUGGCUUCACUCAGAGGUGUCUAGAAACCGUACGCAAAAUUGUUGCUUUCGUAAUGGCGCUCUUGGGAUUCAAAGACGUGUCAGACCCCUGUUGCCGCAAUGAGCGCCUUGAAAGCGUGCUUGUUGCGGAGUGCGGCGUAAUUUGGCGGCGCCACACAGCUGGUGUGCCAACAGUAAGAAACUGAAGGAAGAAAAAUCAGGACGACGGUCGAUGACUGCAACAUUUUGUUUCUUCCACCCAUGCCAUCAAAACGCCAUACUACAGCAUGCAUGGUGCUUUCUGUUUCGACUUCGCUUCAAGCGUCGACAAACCUAGGUCGAUUUUGUCGCUCCCGUGAUGGCGCUCUUGGGAUUCAAUGACGCGAGAGACGCCGUUUGCCGCAAUGAGCGACUUCAGAGCGUGCUUGUUGUGUGAUGCGGCGCAAUGUGACGGUGCCACACGGCUGGUGUGCCAACUGUAGGAAAUGGAGUAAGAGACCUCAGGACGACUACCAAUGACUGCAUUUUCGGU